AUGGCGAUGCUCACCCGCCUGCAUGAACGACUCCUCGUCAAGAGGACAGAGGAGGAUGGCACUACUCGCCCCGUCGACAUGCUGGACAAUUCCUCCAUCCGGCCCACCCCAAUGAAAGACCGAACAUGGUCCCAGCUCACCUACAUCAUGUUCUGGUUCUCUGCAACCGCCAAUGUUAGCAACCUCUACACAGCUUCCACGGGUAUGUCCAUGGGCCUGACCAUGUGGGAAGCCAUCGGGUGUUCCUUUGGCGGACAAAUUCUCGCCGGUGCCUUGAUGGCCCUGAAUGGUCGUGCUGGUGCCAUGUAUCGCAUUCCGUUCCCUGUGCUUUGUCGCUCCAGUUUCGGUACCUGGGGUGCGCUGUGGCCGACGUUUAAUCGUGCCGCUAUGUCCAUUGUGUGGAAUGGUGUCAAUUCUGUUCAGGGCGCGCAGUGCUUGUAUGUUUUCCUGCAUGCUAUUUUUCCUUCCAUUGAGAAUAUCCCGGACAAGAUGGGCUCCAAGUCGGCGUUGACUUCUGCGCAGAUGAUGUGCUUCUUUGUCUACUGGCUCGUUAAUUGCGCAUUCCUUAUUGUGCCCGUACCAAAGAUGAAAUCUCUGGUCUAUGUCAAGGUCGCCGUAUACUUCUGUGCAGCCUUUGCUAUGCUUGGGUGGACAGUCUCCCUGGCCGGUGGCUCUUUAAAGUCACUCAAUGCGCCCUCAAAAAUUCAAGGCACUGAGAAGAGCUAUUUGAUUUUCAAGUUCUUAUUUCUCGGACUUGCCAGCUGUGGAACAUUCAUCUCCAACGCCUCUGAUCUUCAGCGAUACGCUACAAAGCCUAAUGAUGUCCUCAUCGGCCAGAUCGUCAGCUUCCCACUCUCAAACUUCCUAGUCGCGAUUCUGGGGAACCUGAUUGCAUCAGCCAGCAAGGAGAUCUUUGGAGAGCUUAUCUGGAACCCCUUGACGUUCCUCGACAAGUUGAUGGAGGGAGAGCGCUAUACCCAUGGUAACCGUGCUGCCUGCGCCUUCAUUUCCUUCGCAUUCGUCUACUCGACAGUCUUCUCGGCCAUCUUUGAGAACUCCAUCCCCGCCGGCAACGACAUCGCAGCCCUCCUACCAAAAUACAUCACAAUAAAACGGGGCUUCUUCAUCUGCGCCAUCCUCUCCUACGCAAUCUGCCCCUGGUACCUCCUAGCCAGCGCCUCGAUCUUCAUAACCUUCCUCUCCUCCUACCAAAUCUUCCUCUCAGCAAUCACAGGAAUCCUAAUCUGCGACUACUACCUAAUCCGCCGCGGCUACCUGAACGUCCCAGCCCUGUACAUCGCAAAACCAACCCCAUAUAGAUACAUUUCAGGCUUCAACCCACGCGCCUUCCUCGCCUAUAUCGUGGCGAUUGCGCCAAACUUCUACGGAUUCCUCCACCAGAUGGGUGUCAAGGCUCCCGUGGGUAUCCAGCGUUUCUACUAUGUCGCCUACCCCACCGGCUUGUUCAUUGCCUUUGGGGUUUAUUAUGCUUGUUGUUUGGUUUCUAAGCCGCCGGGCAUGGAGAAGGGGGCUGGGUGGAUGGAGCCGAAGGAUUACGUUGAAGAUUCGGAUGGAAUGGGGGCUGAUAGGGAGAGGUAUGGGUCUAUUACUAUUGAUGCUGUUGGGAUUGCUGAGAAGGGGGGUGUUGAGGUUACUAAGGCCGAUGUUGAGGAGAAGGGGUAUUAA